AAAUUUUGAAAAGCGGAAGGAGCUGAACCCGUUUGAGAGCUGAGCGGUGUCAGUGUGUGGGGUUGAUCUCACCGUCCUGCUCUCUUCAGCACUUUUCCCCUGAAUAACAGCUUUAUCACUUUAUAUUCCUGACGGAAAGUGUUUUAAUCUCGGAUGGAGGAGGCGGGGUCAGUGCAGCUCAGUCUGGAGGAGGCGGGGUCAGAGUCCAAACCGAAGAGAACAGCGAAAGUGUUUCCUAAUGAAGAGGAUCCACGUGAUGAGGAGGAGGAUGGAGAUGAUGCUGAUGAUGAGGACAGUGGUACAGAUCACCUCUCCAUUGAUGCUCAGUCCUGCGCUCACCUGCAGCCGGCCGAGCCGAUCGGGAGCGGAGGAUUACCCGCCGUGUUCCAGACCAACCACCUGGUGUUCUACGAGAGGUUUAAGGUGUAUCAGGACUACAUGCUCGGUGACUGCAAGCCGUCGGAGGUGAAGGCUUUCAUUGCUGAUUAUCUGGAGAAGGUGGUGGAGCCGUGUGACUGGAGGGCGCUGUGGCACACUGACGUGUUUGACGUGUUGGUGGAGGUGGUGGAUGUGGACUAUAAGGACAUGAGGGCGAAGGUGGAUGUGGUUCUCCCACUGCAGUGUGAGGCUCGAGGCUGUGAGCUCUGUGAAGACUCCAUGAGAACUUUACUGGAGGCCACAAUGAACAGAGUCCCACUGCAGGAGCUCAUUGUGGUGUACGAGCCGUCAGGGGACUUCGACCAGACAGCACUCGCUCUGGAGCACCUCAGGUUUUUUUACAAACACAUCUGGAGGAAGUGGGAUGAGGAGGAUGAGGACGAUGAGUUUGAUUACUUUGUUCGCUGUGUAGAACCUCGACUCCGACUAUAUUAUGAUAUCCUGGAAGACCGUGUCCCUGCUGGUCUGGUGGAGGAAUACCACACACUCCUCCAGCGCUGCACACACACCUUUAAAGAGUUCUCCAGCCUGAGGAACGUCCUGAGCAGCGACUCAGACAAUGAGCCAGACAACGUGUCCAUGGUGGAGGGACUGCACAUGUACGAGCACAUGGAGACACUCAAACGCAGACUGCGCAUCAUCGAGAACCCACUGCUCAGGUACGUGCUGGGUUACAGGAUGAACUGCGGUCAGCAGUCAUGUCGUCCUAAAGGUGAGCGUCCCGGGGGGGGCCGUGUGGUCCACGUGGUCUCUUCCUCCACCAGUGUUCAGUCUCUCCACAGUCUGAUGAUGGAUAAGCUCCUCCCCCUGUACUCGGGGAAAGAGUUUGAGCUGCAGUUCCACAGCGAGCCGGCAGCGGCUGUGACGGCGUGUUAUGAAGGAGACGUGGUCAUCGUGUGUCCCGGUCAUUACAUCAUCACCAACACCAUCAGCAUCGCCGACUCCAUCCACCUGGAGGGUUACGGUCUGCCCGAUGAGGUCGUUAUUGAGAAGAGGAAUAAAGGUGACACGUUUGUGGAGUCUGUUGGUGUUGAUGUGAAAAUCUCCAACCUGAAGUUUAUUCAGCAUGACGCCAUUGAGGGAAUUCUCUGUGUGAGACAGGGGAAGCUGGAGAUGGAGAACUGUGUGUUGCAGUGUGAGACUACAGGUGUGAUCGCCCGCACAUCUGCUCAGCUCAUGAUGAACAUGUGUGACCUUUAUGGCUCCAAGGGAGCUGGUGUCGAGGUUUACCCAGGCAGUGUGUGCAGUCUGGUGGGAAAUGGUAUCCAUCACUGUAAGGAGGGAGUCCUGAUUAAGGAUUUUGCGGAUGAGUUGGACGUUCCUCCUCAGAUCACGAUGGUGAAUAAUGUGAUCCACAAUAACACAGGUUACGGAGUUAUUCUAGUAAAACCUGAAGACCGCACAGGAGCACCACACACAAUCAAGCAAAACUCAGGGGGACAGAGACUCAUCUGUGAGAUAUUUACACAAAUUCACAUCACUGCUAAAGAAUCUGAAGAGGAGCAUUCAGUAGGCGGGGCCACAACAGCAGAGGGUGGAGUUGCACAUACAGAAGGUGGGGCUACAGUAGCAGAGGGUGGAGUCACAUAUACAGGAAAUGGGGCGACAACCCAAGAGGAUGGAGUCAUCCGAUCAGAAGGCGUGGCUAUGGGAGCAGAAGGUGUGGUUAAAUUAACAUUGGAGGUGGAGCCAGCAUGUGACGCUCCUGUCUCAGAGGAAGAAUGUCCAGCUGAUGUUCAGUACAAUGCCGUUCCUCCUGAAGUCACUGCAGGAAAUGAUGUCAUCAAGCAUGAGCUCCUGGCCACGUCGGUGACGAAGCGGCGCGCUCCGAGGAGCCGUGUGCAGGACGUCGGAGCCACGAGGGCGGACGAGAACCUGCCGAGUCUGGAGAUGUUCGUCUCCAUCGAGGGGAAUCAGUUCCGCCGAAACGGCAUGGGUAGCUUCGGCACCUUCCUGUACUGAGACCACAGCACGCCCGGUUUCUUGGCUUCGUGCUUCACCUUGUAUGAGACGCUUUGCUGUUUUAAUUCCUGUUGAUUAAUUUUCAGUGGAUUAAAGGUCUGCUAAAACCUCAUUAUGCCUCAGGCACGUUGAUUAAUUAUAAGUUUCAGUGUGUGUGCUGCCAACAAAGAGAGAACUCCCUCAAGUUUGACCUGCAUUAACCCCGAUCGCUUCCAACAGCCCAGGCCGUCAUCACUGUGGGGGGAGGGGGAUUAAAGCGGUGUGUGUGAGGAGGCGAAAUCACGACAGUGUUUUAUUACAUCAGCGUUCAGGAAGUGAAGAACGCGACGCUCAGUGUAUUGAUGUAAUAAUUUGGGCAAAUCCACAAAGUUCAGAUGGAAGUUCGGUUCUUUUACAUCAAAAGUUACAGUAGAAAUAAAAAUGGCUAAUUUAUUUAAAUAUGAUUGAAAUAUAAAUGCUGAUUAGUUGUAUGUUUAGUGUGUAGAACUGUAUUGAGGUGUUUUAAAUAAAUUCAUUGAGUUUGUGUUUUAAUGUUAAAGCUGCAGCUCAUUAAUACUUCCAUUUUGGAGAAAAGAAAAAUCUGUUGUUCUCGUUGUUACCCUUCAUAAAUAAUUAGCCU